AUGGCUUUAGACAUUCUUGCCAUGGCCCCUUUGUAUCAGGCCCCUGCCAUCAACAGAAUAGGGCCAAAGACAGACCCAUCUAACAGGCCAGCUGACCCACUAAAACCCUUGGUUCCCUCUAGGACCAAACUCACCACCAUUGAGGCCAAAAGGAUCAUGUCCAUCCUGGAUGAGGCAAUCUACAAGGUGGAGCUGGUGACCCUGCUGUCAUAUGUGGCAUCCAACAGAGAGGAUGUGGAGGGGAUGCUGGGGGAAGACAUCUUGAGGGCAGUGAGAGAGCACGAGGAUCUCUGCCAGGUCCUCCUGGAAAACGUCAGGUGCCUGAAGGAGAAAGAAAGGCAACUGCAGGAGCAGGAAGAGGCUGAGGAGGAAGGGUGGCUCAGAGACCGCCUCCUUUCCAUAGAGCUGCAGAAAUCCAGCCUCUUACCACUUACGCAGCAGAUCAAAGACUCCACCAAGAAUGUCCUGAGACUCUUGCUCAGCAACCCACAGGCUGCUAGGCUCCUGCAGAUGCAGAUGCAGAGUAGAAGUGCAGAAGCCCAGAAUUUUAUUGACAGCCUAAUAGAGCUUCGUGGUUUCCUGUUUGAAAAACUAGUCACUAGUCCCAUGGAAGCGAGGGAUAAGGCCCAGUUCAUACAGGAUAUCAAUAGACAGAAUAGUAAUAACCAACAAAUCAUCGAUACUCUUGAAAAUGAAUUGGCGGAGAGAAUGAAGAACAGGAAUGCAGAGGUGGAAAAGGAGAACUUUGUGAUCCAAGAACUGAAAAACCACUUGCACCAGGUGCUCAAGUUCUCAGAGAACAGCCUCCUUCGCACUAAGCAGGAGGCCGAGAAGCAGCAGAAUGCCGAUUUCCGGGCAUCACAGGCCAGGUUAGCCAAGAUCCAGCAGGAGAUCCUGCAGCUGCAGUCACAGUUUUACAACCUGGUCAUGGAGAACCGGGAGGCGGAGCAGGCGCUGAGGAAGAAGAAAUAUAAAGUAGAAACGGAAAUCGAGAACUGGAUCCAGAAAUAUGAUACAAAGAUGGGUGAGAAGCAGGAGGAGUUGGAGGAUCUGGAAGCUGUUCACAGGGAGGAGAAGAUCACUCUGGAGGAGCUGAGGUGGAGGCACAAAGUGCUGGUGGAAGAGUUUGUGCAGAUCCGGGAAGAGCGAGAGAUCAACUCCAAGAAAAGGAUGGAGGCGGAGCAGGAGAUGGUGCGCAUGGUGCGGGCGGCCACGUUAAUCCAGGCCUUUUGGAAGGGAUACCUGGUGCGCUCCCUGCUCAGAUCCAAGAAGAAGCGGGGCAAGGGCAAAGCAAAGGGCAAGGAGAAGGGCAAGCAGAAGGGCAAGGAGAAGGGCAAAGGCAAGAAAUGAGCUCUCCACCCCAGCCUGCUACUGACCCUUAUCCUCCCCAAGACCAGGCCAGGAAGCCACCGGGAUAGAGAGCACUAGAUUCAUGGCUUUCAUGAUGUUUUUAUUUAAUAAAUUAAAAAGUAUUUGAAGC